AUGACAUUCACGAUGUCGGACGAGAAGGUCAGCGGCGUGACCUUCCAGUUUGACGCUGCAAAGCCCGCGAACCAUCGGAUCGUGGAUGGCAGCGUCCGGAUUGGCUCCAACCUGCUCGAGAUGGAGAAGAAAUACAAGCUCUGCACCAAGGACUACUUGCGCCAGGGCAAAGAUGGCUAUGAUGUCUUCCGGGAUGGCAUCUGUCUAGCUGACGGGGAGACAGCUGGUAUACUGCCAUCACUAGCCGUUGCCCUGGAGGGUAGCUGA